UUUUAUUUUUGUCACUUUUUUUAGCACAACAUCUUAGUGGUAGAAAAUUCAUAUCUUAUUGUAGGAAUAUCGAAAUCAUGAAACGUUUGAUAUUCCAGAAACUAGACUUCGAGAUCUAUAACAUAUCCAAAAUUUAGCUUUAAAUUCCUUCAAUAUAAUUCUUGAUAAUUUUUUGAAGUUAACCCUGAAUUUUAUCAUGCUGAAAAUUUCAGAUUUGAGCGUCCUUACUAAAACUUUCAUAUCUUGAAGCAGGAAUGACGAAAUUGCAAGUUGCUUGAUUCUUGAAACUAGACACAAAUAUAUACAGCAUAUCCGGAAUUUAUAAUUUAAUACCUUCAAGAUUAUUUUAGGUAUCAUCCCAAAAUCAGCACUGAGUUUUGAUGCAUCAACAAUUUCAGAUUUACACGACGUCACCAAAAAAAUUAUAUCUCAAUAUGGGAGUAUUGAAAUCAUGAUCCUCUUGAUUCUAUAAAUGCCGGAAACACGCAUAUAUACAUAUCCAAAAUUAAUAUUUUAACACUUCUUGGAUUGUUCUAGAUGAUUUUUUGAAGUCGAUUUUAUAUGUUGUCCGACAAAGAAUUUCAGAUUUGCGUUGCUUUACCAAAUAAUUUAUAUCUUGAUGUAGGAGCAUCACCACCAAAGAGCGUUUUGAUUGUUGCAAAUUAGAUUCUGAGGAUUUAUUCUCAUUAAAACAUCUUGUCUCAAUCCAAGUUGGUGAUAUACAACUUUCAAGGUCGUAGCGCCCUGACAGGGGUUGGCUUUCAAGAUUUUGAAUGAGCGGUGGCAGUGAAAGAAGAAGCAAAAGGACAAGAAUAUAAACAAAGUGGUUUGUUUGGCUUCCCCUUUUUCUUUUUGAUUUUUCAUUCAUCGAAACACUGCCAAAACUUCUAUAGCACUAUGGUUAAUCAUAUUGAGGAUGAUGAAUCAUUGACAAAACCCCUUGGAAGGUGUUCAGUGUUUUAUUAUGGUGUUGGACACAUGCUCAACGACAUAACUUCAGCAUGUUGGUUCACUUAUCUCUUAGUCUUUCUAACAGAUAUUGGAUUAUCCCCAAGUGAUGCUGCAGUUGUAAUGCUAUCAGGUCAAGUUGCAGAUGGAUUGACAACUGUAUUUGCUGGGGAACUGAUAGACAGAUUCGGCCAUUUUAAAGUAUGGCAUCUUGCAGGAUCUGUCUUGGUUGCUGUCUCAUUUUCUUCGGUGUUUGGUGGUUGCUUGCCUUGUAAACUUAUUGGUUCUGAUUCGGCCAUGCUGCAAACCAUUGGUUACAGUGUGUUUGCUGCAAUCUUCAAUAUGGGAUGGGCUGCUACCCAAGUAUCGCACAUGUCUAUGGUGAACUGCAUUACACUGAACUCGACAAGCAGAGUAGUUUUAGCUAGUUGUCGCAAUGCUUUUACAAUGGUUGCAAACCUUAGCUUAUACGCAGUUGCUUUUGUCGUGUUCAAUGUCGUCGGAGCAGGGACACCUGCUGCUGUUGAGAAUCAGUAUCGUUGGAUUGCAUAUAUAUCAAUUUUCAUUGGAAGCUGCUUCGUCGUUGUGUUUGCCUUUGGAAUCAGAGAGCCAAGGUUGAAACUAGAAGCUCGUGUCAAAGGUUAUGUUAGAAUUUCUUGGAUGUAUUGGUUUAAGAAGAUUUUAUAUCACCAAGUUGCUCUUGUUUACGUGCUUACUAGACUUGUGACUAAUGUCUCCCAGGCCUUUCUUGCUUUCUAUGUGAUAAAUGACCUGCAGAUGCGUCUAUCUUCAAAAGCUUUGGUCCCUGCUAUCAUCUUUGUCUGCAGCUUCAUUGUAUCCGUCCUGCUACAGGAGAUUAAGUGGACAAGCAAGCGAUUGAAGGGCUUUUAUACUGCAGGAGGUCUCCUUUGGGUGCUGUGUGGCACAGGAAUACUCCUGCUUCCAAGAAACAUGAAUGCAUUUAUGUAUAUCUUGGCGAUAUUCAUUGGCAUAGCAAAUGCCUUGAUAAUGGUAACUGGAGUGGGCAUGCAAAGUGUCUUGGUUGGCCGAGAUCUCAAUGGCUGUGCUUUUGUGUACGGAUCAUUGAGCUUUCUGGAUAAAAUGAUAUGCGGAGUGGCUUUGUUCGUUCUCGAGUCAUAUCAGAAAUCCUCUCCGGAACUGCACAACUGCAGUCUGAGCUACCAUUUCUUCUCCCUCAAUCGGUAUGCACUAGGUCUCGUUCCAGCAGUUUGUGCGCUCCUUGGGGUGAUAGUCACCUGCAGUAUGAACCUCCAGACACCCACAUUAGUGCCUCUGGUGGAACCUCUACUGGGCUAACACCUAAAAGCUGAUCAUCUUAUAAUCGGUACGAGGGAUUCAAGCCUUGCUGAUCGGAUAUGUUUACAGAUGAAAUUUUUUCAGCAGACACCACUUGGCGCUAAGAUUAUACAGAGCAUUGAUUCCAUUGGUACUCCGCUUAGCUUCUUUCCGAGCAAUUUCAACCAAUUUUAGGAUCCCUUUACAAAUUAUUUAUGUACAUACAUAUUCGGAUCUGUAUCAGUACAAUUACAUGAAGAAUUAUAGUCUUGAAAUUAAAUUGUCACAGAUGUACAGAGCUAGAAAGAUGUUCAUGCUGUAAAAACUCUUGAAGCAUGAUGGAAUUAGUUUGCUUAUUGUGGUUUCA